AUGAUCGACCAAUUGCUUCUGGCUUCCAAGGAUUCAUCUUCUGAGGCUUAUUCUAAAGCAGCUGUUGAGUAUCCCUUUGAACAAAUCACAAAAGAACAUGUAGCUAAUGCUGAGAAAACGAAUAAAGUUGUUGCUAAUUCUGCUGAAGUUUGCAAGAUUACGACCGAAAAAGUCAAUAAACUAAUUUCUGAGACUACCACCUUCAUAGAGAAUUUCCAAACUAUCUUUAACUCUAAUACAACGAAGACCAAUGAAUCUCUCCUGAGUAUAGGUUCUCUCUUUAAAACUGAGAAAGCAAAAUUUCAGGAUAUUCACAUUGGGCUAAAAACUGAUCAUGAAGCGUUUUAG